AUGUCCCCAAAGGUACAACGAAUAAGCUUACUUAUCGCAUUGAUAUCUCUCUGUGCUGUUGCAUUUUUCAUCGUCCGUUUGGCUCCCCCGGUAUCUAGUAUAGCCGCUAGCAUGUCAGUCACCCAUGUCGUCCUUUUCCAGUUCAAAAAGGGAGUCCCACCCGAGACUGUCCGCGAUGGUGGCAUGACACACGCCUUCGUGGUCAAUUUUGCGAGCAAGGAGGAUCGUGACUAUUAUGUUCAGAAGGAUCCUUUGCAUCAAGAGUUCGUUCGAAGUGCAGGUGAAGUCCUCGAGAAAGCACAAGUUGUUGACUUCACCAACGGAGAAUUAUAA